UUGACUGUUAAAAUUUUGACAUUUUUACAUUGUCACAUAUAUAAUUUGUUUUCUCUAUUCAUUCUAUGUAUUGCCGUUGUUGUGUGAUAGUCGAUAGUGAUUUUUGUCAAAAAACUUGUCUUUAUGUUUAUAUUGUGGCCAUCAAUUUCUUAACGGAGACCUAGAUUUGAAUCGCCAAAAAAAAGUGACCUAAUCACAAGUAUUAGAAAAUAGUUUUCCUCGGUGCUUUUCAAGGAAUAUUUCAAUUUUUUGUUGGAAAUUGGUUGAGAUAUUCUUUUGAUUAUUACCGUGUGGAAGCAUAACAUCACCAUUGUGCCCCUUGUAUCUUAGAGAAAUGUGUGACGAACCGUUAAACGACCAAGAGCCUGUCUGCCCCUUCCUGCACUCAGCUGAAAUAGAGAAUGGUCAUUCGGAUCUCAAUAAAUUUCACAUCCUUGACGAAACUCUGGAAAAUGAAGAAUCUGAUAAUUCUUUUGAGUUUGACUCUGAUGUACCCGAUGAGGAGAUCGAGAAAAUGCUGGAAGAAGCACUUGAAAGAAAAAAACGAACUGCAUCGAAUGCCGGUUUGGAUAUUGAUGAUGAUAUACCUUUUGAAGAGAAGGUUAAGGUGAUAUUAGUUGAAAAAGAUCAAAAUCACUUUGAUGUUCUGCCGGAAGGUUGGAUACAAGUUACACAUAACAGCGGAAUGCCCUUAUAUUUACACAAAACCAGUAGAGUGUGUACUCUUUCUAGGCCUUAUUUUUUAGGUACAGGAUCUGCGAGAAAGCAUCACAUUCCUCUUAACGCUAUUCCCUGUCUCAGUUAUCUUAGAGCCAAAGAAGAAGAAGAAAAGCAAAAGCUACCAGAACCCUGCCUCGAAAAUGGUGAAAUUCUCAAUUCUGACCAAAACUUUCCAAAUGCCAGAAUUGAAACGGUUCAAGAAAACAUCGCCACACAAAAUCUUUCCCCUGAGCAAAUCAGAGAGUAUUGUGGAAAACUAUUUGAAUUUCAGACCUUCAAGGUCCUCCGAUUUAAAUCAUGGUCAGAACGUAGGAAAUUCACCAAGAGACGCAAACAUGAAAAACAGCUUCAAAGACCUACUCUGCCAGAUGGUACGAAACUCAUAACGUUUCCCAUUAGAAAUUCAGAAUCAUCUGAAAGUGUAUCCAAGAAAGAAUGGAUAAUGAAUCCUAAUGGAAAGUCGUAUGUUUGUAUUUUGCAUGAGUACGUUCAACAUGCUUUGAAGAAACAACCGACAUACCAGUUCACUGAAUUGGAAAAUGCUGCUACACCAUACUCUGCCACAGUCAAGAUAAAAGAUAUGCUAUAUGGAGUGGGAUAUGGAACAAGCAAAAAACAAGCCAAAUCUGAGGCAGCUAAAGCAACGUUGGAGAUACUCAUUCCAGAAAUGAAAUUGAAAAUAACACCUGAUCAGCAAACAGGAUCCCAGUCCACAUUAACUGCAUUCUGUGGUGCAAGACCUAUCACACUAGUACCUCAGUGACCCAACUUUUCUAGGAAGAUUCAAGAGAAACUAUAGUGAAAUCUGGGGGAACUCUGGUGAGAUCAGGUUACUAUUUCUAUAAUCAUAAACAUACAUAUGUAUGUAUGAAAAGACCUAUAAUCUGUUCCAACAUGAACAGUAGAACAUAUCAGAUAACUUGGUGGGUAGAAUUGGAACCUACUACAAGAAAUUAAUCUAUUGAAAACAC